UUCUCGGACCUGUUGCGGGUCUGGACGCGGGUUCGGGGGACAGAGGGAAGACUUCUCCCUGAGGACUAGUGGACCGGCCCGGGUUCGGCCGUUUUGAUCAGUUUUCUGGUCUCUGGAGGUUUUACAGCAAAAACAAGUUAGCUCAACAGCUAAUCCUAAAGUCCCGUCAGCUGUUCGGGUUUAAAGUUUCCACUCGGAGACGGAACCGCUGGGCAGAACACGGUUAAUAAACUUCACCUGGACCGGUUCUGGUUCGGAUUAAAGCGAGGGUUGCUUUUAUUUUCGUCACAGAAAGAGGAGCGAGUGAAGCGGAACUGAGGGGGAAACCGUCGCUUCGGCCCGAAGAAACGGAGGGAAACGGUGUUUAUUUGCGCAGAAAAUGCGGUAAUCGGACGUGGUUUCGGUGUUCGGUCCGCUGACUCGGCGGAUCUGGGUUCGCUGUCUGUGAGGCCUGCGGGUCGGGCUUCCACCGGUCUCGAUUACGGACCGUCCCCACCGUAGGAAGCUCAGACGCCGGCUGCUUGCGCCGCCCCCCAACGGCCUGCGGACCGAAGGAUGGAGCGGAUGGAAGUGGACCAAUGCGCAGGCGCAGGGGGCGGAGCUCUCCGGAGGUCAAACAGCGCCCCCAUGAUCACCGGUGUCAGUGACGGGAUGAGCGUCUUCAGCCCGGUGCCGUCGGCUCGGUUCCGCCGCAGCAGCGUGUCCAUCAACCCGUCUCAGCGUGUCCCCUUGUCUCCGUUCUCUCUGAGCGGAGACAGAUCGGAUCUGAAGAGACCGGAGGAGAACGUGGAGAUGAUGCUCAGAGAGAGUCUGCAGAGAGCCAGUCCGUCCAGUCUGGUCCCGGUUCCUCCGGUCAGCCAGUGGGCCGAGCACACCUCAGUGUGGUUUCCGUCUCAGGACAGCGGCGUCACGCCCAACUCCUCUCCGAGUCCAACCAGAAGGUUCAGACCCGCGGUCAGCGCCGCCGUCAGAUGGCCUGUGUUACUGCCGCUGAAGAGAAAAGGAGGAGUGGACUCAGACGGACCUCCGAAGAAGCUGUUUGUUGCCGGGGUAACCGACCCCGCCCACCUCAGCAGCUACACCAUCAGUGUCUCUCAGUCAAUGGCGGGCUCUCCUCCUGUAGGAGGUGUCAAUCUCCAGUCCCGCCCCCUAUCUCUGUCUCCACCCCCUUCCUUCACCCCAUUUACGUCUCACCAGCACCCUGGACACUAACGUCCUGUCACUGUGGGUCCUCAGCCACCAGCAGGGGGAACAUCCACCUUCAUCGCACCUUACUUCUAUCCAAUCAGCUGCCAGCG